AUGGAUCACAGGAAUGUCACUGUGGUCACUGAGUUCAUCCUCCUGGGUCUGUCUGAUGACCCAGAACUGAAUAUUGUACUCUCUGCAUUGUUUUUCUUCAUCUAUGUCAUUAUCGUGCUGGGCAACUUUUGGAUUAUUGCAAUGAUUCUAGUCAGCACCCGACUCCAUUCUCCCAAGUACUUUUUCCUCUGCCAGUUGGCUUUUUUGGAUUUCUGCUAUUCCUCAGUCUUUAUCCCUAAAAUGUUGCUGAACUACAUGGCAGGACAGAGGACCAUCUCCUACCAGGGAUGUCUCCUGCAGUAUUCCUUUGUGAACAUGCUCCUGACCACAGAGUGCUUCCUCCUGGCCACAAUGGCAUACGAUCGCUACCUGGCCAUCUGCCUCCCUCUUCACUACAGAGGUCUCAUGACCCCCGCCUGCUGCGUCCACCUGGUGACUGCCUCUUACCUGCGGGAUUGUGCCAACUCCCUCACUCAUCUGAUCAGCUUGCUGAGCCUGUCUUUCUGUGGGCCUAACAUCAUCAAUCACUAUUUCUGUGAUAUCCCGUUGCUCUUUCAACUCUCCUGUUCUAACACCCACCAUGGUGAGGAAUUAUUCACUGUCCUUUCUGGAGCGACAUCGGUGACUACACUUUUGAUAGUGAUCAGCUCCUAUUUGGGAAUUCUUAUCACUGUCUUGAAAUUGCAGUCUACCAGUGGCAGGUAUAAAGCCUUCUCCACGUGCUUCUCCCACCUAACUGUAGUGACUCUCUUCUACGGGACAAUGAUAUUCACUUACCUGGGAACCAGCUCUAGCUUCCCACAGGAUACAGCCAAAAUACUUUCUGUGUUUUAUACUCUUCUGCUCCCAAUACUAAAUUUUCUAAUAUACAGUGUGAGGAACAGAGAAGCCAAAGCAACCAUGAAGCAAAUAAUUAGGAGGAAAAUGUUUACUCAAGGAAUAUAA